GAUAUUAUAAGUAGUUGUAGAUUGCUAUGCAUUCUACUUACACGAUGUCGAUGAGGGGUCAUCCGAACUAGUAAGUCUCGACCCUGAAAUGAAAAUUCCCACCAGGUCCCCACGUUCGGUUACCUUGAGGAAAUGAGCCUAUUGUUGAGUUGCUUUACAACUAAUGGUUAGAUUUACUAGAUGCCUAUCCUCAAUGUGUCCAUCAGCCAGUCGAGCUUCAAUCUCGACACGUCGGGCGUCGCUGGAUUCUUCGGUGGGGAUGAAGCCAUCUCAGCGAUGGCAACUGUCCAUCUCUACCGCGGGAGGCGCUGGCUAGGCUGGUAUAAUUCACCAGGAAGUUACAUUGUUGCCAAAAAGUUCGGGCAACUUGCUAAUUCGCGAUUUUGGGAUGGGCUUUUCCCUGGUCCAAAUUUAACACCAGCUGAAGUAUUUGGGCUGGAUGGAAAGACCGGCCCCCGUUAUUGGGGCGUUUUGUCAGGCACGGAUAUGGCCUGUGGUCACCUGGCAUACCUCGUGGUGCAGAAGACGGAAGAAGUCGAGGAAGUGGUAGAAUUGGGAGGACGGGAGACUAUACCUCAAACAGUCACCAUCCUCGAUGUCGGAGAUGUGAUACUCGAGCACACGGACCAGGCGCCAAUGAUGAGCGUCCACCAUGCUCUCUUGGCCGCUAUCCCCAUUACCAUCAAUCUCGCAACGUGCGUGCUUUGCGCGGCUUCGGGAGAUUGGCUAGCUUUUGCCCUCAUCCUGCUGGGAGUCAUUUCAGGCGGGACAUCUUGCUUUGUCAUCGGCUCUGCUCAACUCGACUUUCUUGCUGGCGUGAAAGAACCCUCUCCAGGCACGCCGCCUGCAGACGGGAUACUCCUGAUGCGAAACAAUGUAGUCAUUGUCCGAGGCGCAGAGAAAGACAUUAAUCCAAUAACGAAAGGCAAAUUCGUCCUAAGGAUGCAUGGCGGCCCAGAGUACAGACGGAUUGGACUCUGCUCGCUUCUCCUCCUUGCGCAGUUCCUUCUCCAGCUCCUUUUCAUGCCUCAGGCAUCGACAUUCGGGCAGAUCAUGUUCAUUUCAUCGGUUGCGGCCUCAUGGGCAUAUAAUUCAUUUUUGUCGUCGUUAGAGCAGGAGAAGAUACAAGUCGAUCUCCUAUGGAAAGCACUUGGUAAUCCACGACUAUUGAAAUUUGGCCUCAAAAGCAGAGCUGCUCAGGCAGUUUUUGCAUGCUUGGUCCUCAGUCAUGGCAUCCAAAGGCCAUCUGUCGACUUCAAACCAAAGAAAGUCUUGCAUCGGUUCAUCUCGAACGACACGAGGGUAUGGGAUGUAUGGAGAGACAAAGUGGCGGAGCAGUUGGAAAAUAACAAAGCAGAAAAGUCGUUCAAGCUUAGCUCAGACGAUCUACGAGGGUUCGGAGAUCAUGAAAGGGCCCUCCUGGCGUCAUUGCUUCGAGACGCAGAGGACACGUAUGGAGGUUACCAGGAGCAAGUACAUAAGAUCAAAGACAAUAGCCACAUUUCUGAGAAACAAGUAACUCGACCGGACUCCGUUGUUUAGAGUUGUAACGUACGUACCACCUGUUCAGAAGUUAUACAACCCUAGAUGACAUUAACAUAAUACACGGUGAACUCGGUGCGCCCAG